AUGCCAUUCGCUGUUGACUUUCUUUUUUCGGGACACGAACCAGGGACUAUUGUGCUAGUAGUUAUGUAUUUGAUUUCAUUUCUCACUGGACUUGGAGGCAAUAUUAUGGCACUUCUCGUCCUUACUCGGAAAAGGAACCGUCUCUCUGGUGCCUCAGCCACAAGAAGACUAUUAGUAAACUUAGCCGUUUGUGACAUGAUGGUUGUGUGCGUCUGCAUGCCUGUGAAUCUGGCGCAUCAGGUUUAUAAUGCAUGGGUGUUCGGGGACUUUUUGUGUCGUGUUGUACCAUUUGUUCAGGCUGUGUCUGUAUCUGCAAGUGUUUUGAGCCUUGCCGUAAUAAGUCUCAACAGAUAUUACAGCGUUCACAAUCCCCUUCAUGCAAGGUCUUUCUUCACGGGGAGAAAAAUUCUGUGGAUGAUAUCCGUAGUUUGGACAGUGUCGUCGGGAAUGUGUUUGCCAUUACUUUUCAUGAACAAAGUCAAAACACUGUCUUUACUAGACGGGCUACAUACUGUGAGAGUAUGCGUCGAGAGUUGGCCCAAAGUGAAAUUGCGUCAAGGGUAUAACUUUUUACUUUUCUGUGUUUUAUAUGGGUUUCCUGUUUUGUUUAACCUCGUUAUUUGUUUUCUUACCGGUUGGAAAUUAUGGAGGGCAGGAGACAAACUUACGGAGCCCACCAAAUUUCUCUUUACCCAAUCGGUAUCACGAUCGAAAGCGCGCAAAAAAAUCGCCAAGAUGGUCCUCGCACUUGUUGUACUCUUCACCUUCUCCUGGUUACCUCUUUACGUUGUUGACAUCUGGAUCGACUUCAAUAUGCCAAGCAGUUUAGAACGAGACGACAUAGGACAUGUAAAACAUGAGUGGAUUCUACAGGGGAGACCAUUUGCGCAGUGGCUGGGCUUGACCAACUCGGCCCUCAACCCCCUCUGUUACUGUUUUGUGGGAAACCUGUAUAGAUCUGCAAAAAGGUUCCGCAAGAGCUAUCGAGAGAAAGUAUCCUCUGUCUUCAGCGCGCCUUUACAAGAGUCUUCAGUGAACAAGUCACAAAAACAACGUUUGUACCAGCGCGUGUCAUCCGAGAAAUGUGGUUUGAAGAGACGAGCAUGGAAAGGGUAUUUUAGUGAGAAACUGACCAAGAGCAAAAGCCUGUCAGCUAUAACUGUGUGUGAGACAGUCUUUGACUAA